GGCAAUUAAAUAAAGAAUAUAGUGGCGAUGAAGAUGAAUCUAUAACAGCGAAUUAUGUUACUGCAAUGAAUUACUUUGCAUAUCGACUUCACCUUGGUCGCACUGAUGAGGAAAUUGUUUUGCAUCGAUUUGGACAGCUUUUUCAACAAUGGAUUGUAGACAUGUAUGCGAUCGUAGAGCAAACACUUCUGGGGGAUCUUAUUUUAAUUUAA